GGCUCGCGGCUAAGGCCAGUCUAAGCGGCUCUCGACUCUUUCGGCGGCGCAAGAUGGCGGACAUCUCCUUGGACGAGCUCAUCCGGAAGCGCUGGGCGGCGGCGAAGGGAAGGCUCAGUGCCAGACCAGGAGUUGGAGGAGUCCGAUCUCGAGUUGGGAUCCAGCAGAGCCUUCUCAGCCAGCCAACACGCACAGCCACCUUCCAGCAGAGAUUUGAUGCCCGACAGAAGAUUGGCCUCUCAGAUGCCCGGCUCAAACUGGGAGUCAAGGAUGCCCGGGAGAAGCUUUUGCAGAAAGAUGCCCGGUUUCGGAUCAAAGGGAAAGUGCAGGAUGCCAGAGAGAUGUUGAACUCCCGCAAGCAGCAGAGCACAGUGCCCCAGAAGCCCCGCCAGGUGGCUGAUGCCCGGGAGAAAAUCAGCUUGAAGAGGAGUUCCCCUGCUGCCUUCAUAAGCUCACCCAUUGGGACAGUGACUCCUGCUCUGAAGCUUACCAAAACCAUCCAGGUUCCACAGCAGAAGGCCAUGCUACCACUUCAUACCCAUCCUGCUGGAAUGAAGAUCAACGUUGUCAAUAACCACCAGGCCAAACAGAAUUUGUAUGACCUGGAUGAAGACGAUGAUGUUACAGCUCCCAUUCCUACGAAACAGAUGAAGUGUGCAGCCUCAGGCAGCUUUCUCUACCAUGUAGCUGGGCUCAGCAGUUCCAAGCUCUCCAUGUCCAAGGCCCUCCCUCUCACCAAAGUGGUUCAGAAUGAUGUAUAUACAGCUCCUGCUCUUCCCUCCUCUGUUCGAACAAAAGCCUUGACCAACAUGUCCCGGACACUAGUGAACAAGGAGGAACCCCCCAAAGAGCUGCCACCUGCUGAGCCUGUCCUUAGCCCUUUGGAAGGCACCAAGAUGACUGUGAAUAACCUGCACCCUCGAGUCACUGAGGAAGACAUCGUUGAGCUUUUUUGUGUGUGUGGAGCCCUCAAGCGGGCCCGGCUGGUCCAUCCUGGGGUAGCGGAGGUAGUCUUUGUGAAGAAGGACGAUGCCAUCACUGCAUAUAAGAAAUAUAACAACAGGUGUCUGGAUGGACAGCCAAUGAAGUGCAACCUUCACGUGAAUGGGAAUGUUAUCACCUCAGACCAGCCCAUCCUGCUGCGGCUGAGUGACAGCCCCUCAGUGAAAAAGGAGAGUGAGCUGCCUCGCAGGGUAAAUUCUGUCUCCUCAUCCAACCCUCCUGCCGAAGUGGACCCUGACACCAUCCUGAAGGCACUCUUCAAGUCCUCAGGGGCCUCUGUGACCACACAGCCCACAGAAUUCAAAAUCAAACUUUGAGCAGAGGAGUGAGGCAGCCAGAAGCAGGGGCAGAGGGGGGGCUCUGUUUCCCAAAGCAAAGCUUGUGACCAGUGGGUUCAUCGGACUGGAGACCCUGAGCGUGGGAAGGGUCACUGGGGGUGAAGUGCUUCCUCACUGGACGGGACCUGCCUUUCUCUGUUGUGUUCCACCCUGUGCUCUUCUGUAUGUUAACAUUUCCUGUAGUAUGUUUCUUCUUCCCUCCGCCUCCUCACCAAGGUAGGUUUGUGUUUCUCAGAGUGUGCCUCCCCAACCUCAGCCCCAAGCUGAUUUCUUAUCUGGAAAUAGUGCACUAAAUUCUCUAGGUGGCUUUCUUGUAGACCCAUGGGAUGCAGGGCAGGAGCUCUUUGAAGGAUACUGCUUUUUCCAGGGGCUUAGAGGUUGCCUUACCUUUCUGUUCUUUAAGCUUUUUCAAACAAAGCAGAGAAUGGAAACCUCUGUUAUCCUAAUGGGAGCCAGGUCACCUUGAGAGCUGUGCCACUCACCCAGUUGGCCAGUGGAUAUGGCCUGGGUGGGGAAUCAGGUGGCAGGCCUCUAGUCAUCAUACCACAGUUGGCUCCAGGCCUGACCAGAGGUCUGGAGUGUGCCUAGCAUCAGUGAGGUUACUUCUCUGCUAGGAAGAAUAUACCCCUAGCUCUUGGAUUGGAGGGCUCAUGCUGUCUCAGGCAACCCAAAGUAAAUUCCGAGUCCACAUUUCCCUUUUUCCUUGAGAUGUGCUGAAUGCCCCACCCACUUCUCUUGGUCUUCUGGGUGUCACUGCUGGGAGGGAUUUGCGUUGUUAGUCCUCCCAGUCCUCACCUAGCAUGGCGCUUAUCACACCCUGGUUUUGGUGCAAGUGCCAGCUCUCUAUUAGUUGGGCUUUUCAAAGGCUCUGCCUCCCGUUCUGCAACAUUGUGGGUUGGGGGGAUUAUUUGAAUGAGCAAUGUUUGCUUACACUUGGCUCUUCCUUUGGCCUCAGUUGUCUACAAUGGACUAUAGUCAGGGAUGCCAGAAGACAUAUAUUCAGCUGCCACCAAAGGGCACUGUCCCCACUACCAUGAAUGACCCAUUUAUGACUAGAGGGGUAUUUUCCUGCUGUGACAAUGGGGGCGAUGGGGGGCGGGAGUGAGGAGGCAGGCAAGGGAUCGGGGCAGCCCUACCAGCCAAGCUGGUGGGCUAUUUCCCCAGCAUGGUCCCAGGAAGUUGGGGUAAAACUAUAGAACCCAGGAGCAGUCCCUGAAUAACAGGGCAGCGUUGCUCCUGGUGUCAUUCAGCAGUGCCCAGCUGGUUGUUUGGGACUGUAAAGGGAAUCCAGGCUGGCAGAGCUGGAGCAAGUUGGAGAGCAGGAUUCUGGGAGGUCUGCAAAAUCAGUAGCAAAUGCUGUGAAAGGCACAAGCCUAGGGCUUAAAGGAACCUAAGACACUCAAGAGUUGCUUGAGGCUAGCCCAGUGAAGAAAAACCUAGAAGCUCAUGUUUCCACACAGUUAAAUCUGUCAAGCAGGAAGGACCCAAAAUUAGAACCCAACCUCAGUCCUCUAGCUCUAAGGUUGCCCAAGUUGGGGAAGUCUAAGGAAGGUGCCUGAUGGUGCUCUGCUCUCCAGUUCUUUAAAGAGUGCUGCUUUUGUUCUCUUACCCCAUUUGGAUGCGUACAUACCGAUUUCUCUUUAGCAGCUGGAAGACAUUCCUCCUACACUUUACUCUUCCUGGCCCAGGAGAGCACCAGAAGGCAAUAGGACCUGAUUUUUUGGGUACUGGGAACAAUCAUCACUGCUUGGUCUCUGCUUAGAGUAGGGAUGGUAAUAUCCCUGCCUGCAUGGUUUUGCCCUCCCCUCCCCCCUUAUUUCCAAGCCAGGUGUGUUCUGGUUAUCACAAAGGUUUAUUGAGUCCAGCUGCAGCCACCUGGCCAUCUGGACCUCAUCCUCUGGAUGUCCAUAUGGUACAUUGAGGUGAGGAGAGGAUUUAUUUGCCACCCCUGCUCUACACAAUGUCAUCUUGGGAAACAGGGAAGAGAAUGUGGUGGGUCAAUCCUUGUGUCCGCCUCUACCUCCCCUCCCCCACAUUACUUAUCUGUGUCUCUUGUUCAGAAGGAGAGGAAGAGGCAUUGAGGGAGGUGACUAUGUAUUACUUAACCAUUUCUGAAUAAAUGUUUGUUAUUCCUAC